AUGUACGAUCUACUGAGUUUUGCUCUGUUGGGCUACCACGUGGUAACUCUUGUAUCUGGUUACGCUGUAAACCAAUUUACUAACAAUGAAAACAGACCCGGGGCUCAUCUCAUCGUCAUCGCUGCCCCACGACAAUACGAUACUUACUACCAAAGAAAUUACUUUAACAUUCUACAAUUUGAUAUUGAUUAUGCUAUGAAAGUUAUGGGGAAAGAUAACAUUGUUGUCCUUGGAGACCAAUAUGCAAUACAAAUAUUAAAACGUUAUCUUCCCGACGAUAUUUUGUUGGAGAGCGAAAUGGAGGACAUUUGGAUGAGAGAUCCCACGACUGUAAAUCCUUAUAAUCCCGUACAAUUCCGCCUCACGCCUGCAUCUUAUGAAGAAAACCAGCGUGCGGCUGAUAGAGUUCAGCGUGCAUUUUCUUCGUUUUUCAAGAACCUGGGAGUCCAGUUUGACGAAACUCCAAAAUAUGACGGUUACUUAAUGGAUGGAGGCAACGUAGUUGAUAAUUAUAAUGAUAAAAUUGUCGUCACCGAUCGUUUUCUGCAAGAUAACCAACUUACAAAGGCUGAAGCAAAGCAAAUGUUAAAAGAACUAUAUCGAGGAGUUGAUAAAGUCGCUAUAGUUCCUACAGACGACCCUGAAGGCCUAGCCCACUCUGAUGGUAUGGUUAUGUUUAUCAACAGCAAUGCUGCCAUGAUUACCAAUUACAACUACAAUAAGACUCUGAAAAAGCUAAUAACGAAGGAACUGCUUGAUGAAUUUCCAGGAAUCGAACUGAUUCAGGAUGCUGACACUUGGACAUCCAAAGCUUAUGACCCGAAGAUCUCGUCAGCUUGUGGACUGAUGGUGAAUGGCGUAUUAACAGAGAACUUCCUUUACGUCCCAACUUUCAACAAUCCGACAGACAUAUCCAUCCUGACGACUAUUCGAGGCAAGACCAACAGAACUGUUGUACCAAUAAACGCUUCACGGGUUUGCGAGAUGGGUGGUAGUGUGAGAUGUUUGUCAUGGCAACAAACAGGUGAAAACGCUAGAAAAAUAAUCGAAGCUGCAAGAAAUGAUGAUUACUUUUGGUUGUACUAA